AUGCCUGCCAAAACGCGGGCGAAACCCUCCGCAGCGAAAGCCAAAAAGUCCGAAGCUAUCAAGAUCUCGACGACAUUGAAGACUCUGCCUCCGAGCGAAGACAGUCCGCCACUACUUUGCGUAUUACCAAAAGAUGCGUCUCCAGAGGCGAAAUUUGUCAGUCUACGAAAUCCUGCGUCAAAAGAGGGCACGAGCAGGUACUUCGUGUGUCCAAAGAAAGGGUUCUUCGAAUUGGUGAAAGUGGGUGGAUCGAAGCAAGAGGCUUGCAGGAGUUGGAUAGUGGCAUCAAGAGGAGUUGAGGAAGAGGAAGAGGAAGCAACAUCACAAGAGCAGGACACAAGAGUCGACAGCCAACAACAGUCGCAAGUCUCACAACAGGACAAGGAACAGGACGAGUCCACAGAGAGCGAUGGAUAUAUCCUCUCUUCCCCGAGUCUGCUCCUGGCAACACCUCUCGAUCCGCUCUUCCUUCUUCUUCCCCAGCUCACAGCCUCGUCACAAUCGAAUCCUUCAGCAAAGGAAUACCUCGCUCCGUCGGAUUACAUCUCCCUCCUCACCACCUCCUCGCCACAUCUCACAUCCUUGAUCUCUGCUUCUCCUCACCUCACACGGAUCCUCGAAGUGCGGAUAGAAGCUGUGUCGGAUGUCAUGGACAUGGGCGAUGGAGACAAGAUGUACGCUUUCAGCCGAGACAAGUUGGCGGGCGUACUGGUUGAGAAAGCGAGGAGAAUGGUGGGCGGGGAGGGAGGACUGCCGAGGAGCUUAGAAGCCCGAUUCGUGAAGGGCGUGCUGGACGUUCCGGUGCUGGGCGAGAGGAGGGAGGGACAGGGCGAAGCGAGGCGGCGGAUGCUGAAGCCACCGCACCUCCCGCAGCGAGCACCUCAGACUCCUGUCCCCCGGCCGAAAUACUCUCCCUCCUGCGCCUGCGCGUAG